CCUCCCUUCUUUUCUUCCUCCCUCCCUCCCUUCUUUCUUCCUCCCUUUCUUUCUUCCUCCCUCCCUCCUUUCCUCCUUCCUUCCUUCCUCCCUCCCUUCUUCCUCCCUCCCUUCCUUCCUUCCUUCCCUCCCUCCUCCCUUCCUUUCUUCCUCCCUCCCUUCUUCCCUUCUUUCUUCCUCCCUCCCUCCUUCCUUCCUUCCUCCCUUCUUUCCUUCCUUCCUCCCUUCUUUCCUUCCUUCCUUCCUCCCUUUCUUUCUUCCUCCCUCCCUCCCUCCCUCCCUGGAGCUGCCUUCGCUGGGAGGUGGCAAUUGCUCCGGAGCUCCUUUGCACCGGGCUUGUGGGGAGCUGGGGGGGGAACCACGGGAACCACCUGUUGGGAAGUGGGAAAGGUGCGUCGGCCGAGUCAGGUGCCUCCUGACCUGGGUCAGCAGCGUCCUUCUUGCCAAGCAGCCUUCCUGCGUCCGGGAGCCGAGAAAAGGAGUAAACAACCUUCAGCUGAUCCUCCUGUUCAAGGUGAAAGUGUUUGCAUCGGACAAGUUUUGAUGGUGGUUGACAACUCCGGAUCCGGAAUGCUUCGUCCCCCGCCAAAUGGUUUGCCACCUGCUGAGCAGCAUUUUCAUGAUGGCGGAGAACAUCCUUCACCUGCCUCGAGAGGCUCCAGUUUCACAUCUCCUCCACAUCACUCGAGAGCCGGGGUCUCUGUGGAAACUCUGGGUCUUAGGCUGGAUGACUUUAUCCCCUCACACCUCCAGAAGAGCCCAACUAUCCGUAGUGGGAGCCUCACCUCUCCGCGGGCCACGUCCACCCCGCAGAGUAAAUGGAACCCCAAGUAUUACAGAGUUCCCGUGAUUCGCAAUUGUGGGUCUAAUACCCUGAAUUUUGAAUUCCACGAUACAACUCCCCGCCGGGUGUACAAUGGGAUAUCCCAGCCAUGGAAAACAACUCAGCAGAGUUCAGCGAAUAAUUGGUACCCAACCUGGCCUGCAAAAGAAAUUAGACCACUGAAAACUGAACCUGCUCAUUCUCCUUACUUGGCUGGCUCAGUCAAUUACCCGACUGUGAACGGCGUAGCACAACCAGGCUGGUCAGCGACUUGGACAAAAGAUGGCAAGAGGAAGGAGAAACGUUGGGUGAAGUACGAUGGGAUCGGGCCAGUGGAUGAAUCUGGGAUGCCCCUUGCCUCUCGAUCGAGUGUAGACAGUCCUAAGGACUGGUAUCGCAGCAUGUUCCAGCAAAUCCACAGUAAACUUCCAGAAUCAGAUCUGGAUGGGGAUCCCUACAAACCAAGAGAUCAUGACCCUCCAGAGCUCAUGAAGAAGAACCAACCUCCACUGAUGACCUCAAGCAGUCCCUCCCGCCAAAAGAAUGGCUUGGAUUGGAGAAAUUGGGAAACUGCAGAUGCUUCCAGCAAUGAGCCCAGGAGCAUUUUUGAUUAUGAACCCGGGAAGUCGUCCAUCCUUGAUAAUCUGACUUUGGCCAAGAAACCCUUCACGCCAUCUUCAGCACGAUGCCCAUCACCGCCCUCUCUGCCAAUUGAGGAGUUACUGGAGAAGGAACUGCGGCAGCUCAGCGAAGAGUUGGACAAGGAUAUUAGAAACCUGGAGCAACAGCAACUUAUCCGUAAGAAUUCCCCGGCUGGUUCCUCUUCCCUGGCCUUCCCUGCCCGCUGCCCAUUGCCCACUUCUGGUGUCCAUCCUGUAGCCCCGGGCCACAUACCAGCCAGCCCAAGAAUGGAGAAAGGAAGCCCAGGUGUUACCAGAAGUACCUGGAGCAACUCUCUACCCAGGAACGAUCCUCUGAGACUUCCUGGGCAAAGUCCCUUCCUUGAUUCUUCAGAAAUCCUUCUAGAUAGUCCUCCCAAGAGAGAUGAGAAGAAGAUGAAAGCUGCCCGGCUCAAAUUUGAUUUCCAAGCAGAAUCGCCAAAAGAACUGACCUUACAGAAAGGUGACAUUGUCUACAUCCACAAAGAAGUAGACAAAAACUGGCUUGAAGGAGAACACCAUGGCAGAGUGGGCAUUUUCCCUGCUAAUUACGUGGAGGUCCUGCCUCCAACCGAAAUUCCCAAGCCCAUCAAAGUGCCCUCCAUCCAAGUCUUGGAGUAUGGGGAAGCAGUGGCCCAGUACAACUUCAAAGGAGACCUGGCAGUAGAGCUGUCCUUCCGAAAGGGUGAGCGUAUCUGCCUCGUCCGUAGGGUAGACGAGAACUGGUAUGAAGGUCGCAUCUCUGGCACAAACCGCCAGGGUAUUUUCCCAGCCAACUAUGUCCAGGUGGUGAAAGAGCCAAGAGUGAAGAAUUCGGAUGAAUAUCCUUCCUCUCCAGGCCUCCCAACCCAUGCCAGCUCAUCCCCCCAGGCACAUACAUCCAGUCUGGGCAGUAGGUGGCAGUCUGAGACUUCCCCUUCAAGCCUGCCAAGCGCCCUGGCACCAGACCUGCUCUCCUCCUCUUCCUCCUUCUCCUCCUCUGCCCCCUCUGGAUUCACAUUUCCCGUGUCUCCAAAAUUUGAAAACCCUGAGACCCCGACUCACAGAAUCCAGGAUGCACCCAGAGCUGGCUCUUUCAGUCCCCAGAGUCAAAGCCCAGGGAAAAUGUCCGGUGGUAGCCCGCAGCCUCUCACGUCUGUCCAAAUGAAGGACCCACCACGACCUCUUCCUCCUGUAUUGACUUCCCAACCACGGACUUCCAUUCCGCCGCAGAAUUCCACCCUCGAGACAGUGUUUUCCCCAACUUCAAAGCCGCAGAGCCCCCCGCACGCCGCCAGAGACUCCCCCUCCGGCAUCCAGUGGACUCCGUACCAGGCCAUCUACCAGUACCGACCUCAGAAUGAAGAUGAGUUGGAACUUCAGGAAGGUGACCGAGUAGAUGUUAUGCAACAGUGUGACGAUGGCUGGUUUGUGGGGGUCUCCAGAAGGACACAGAAAUUUGGCACUUUCCCUGGGAAUUACGUUGCUCCCGUGUGACCAGCAGCCUCCCCCACGCAACUGAAUCAGAAUCUUCUGCUCCUAGGAUCUUGCCUUCUUGGAGAAGUGCCCAACGGUCAACGGACACGAAAAGAAAGAGUAAAAGACAUGGUCUGAAAACUAAUAUUGGGCCCCCCCAAGAUAUGUCUUGUUUGCCAGCUGGAGUUUGUAUUCCUUGACUUGUUAUCUUUCAUUUCUGCACCUUGGCUUCCUCGGAGAAGACGAUUACAACCUAAGUUUCUUUUCCCAGGAUUUAUGAAGUAUCUGUUCUGCCCCAGCUCCAGAUUUCCGAGGAUAUUGACACACACCAACGGUCCUUAUCAAAUUUAUUAAGUAACAAGAAUAAACAAGACAGGCAAAGGUUGGCAACCAGCCCAGAAAACAAGAUAUGAUAAACCAAAAUACGCUGAUAAUAAUACAAGUUGUUUCCAGCAAGAACGCACUAGCUGUGUGCGACUUAAAUAGACUAAGGGAGUGGCCAAUUAUCCUCAAGCCCUACUCUCGAGUAGACCUCCUCCUCCUGAGUAGCCACUCCUCCUUUUGGCAGCCCUGCGCGCCCGAGCAUUGAGGAGAGGCUCCUCCACUUCACUCUCUCCACUUGAAGGAACCUCUGGAGGUUCUGAAGGCCCUGGCUGAGUCUCUGCCUCUGGCACCACAUCCUCUUCGGCCUCCUCGCUGUCCGACGCGAGCGCUGGCUGUGCAGGCUGCUGGCGCGACACCACACCAGCCUCCUCUUCAUCGGGAUCAGCCACGAUCCGCGCAGGCCGCUGGCGGGCCACAACAGCAUCACUAAUUUCAGCAUCCCCAUGCCAGAUGUGGGUUGAACAGAGUGGACUGUACCAGCCUCUUGUUUCUCUUAAUCUGGGAUCCCAUAUUUUUGCCAGUUCUUAUAACAGCAUUGGAAGGUGAAGAUGAGCAGUCCUGUUGAGUCUACACUAGUUCUUCCCUCCAGAAAAAUCCAUUUUUUUCUUGAAAGUACCAUUGUUGGAAGACUUGCCCUAUAACCAAAAAUCUCACACAACGAAUGAGCUGACCAGGUUACCUGAAUAUACAACUUCGGGUGUGUGCCUCAUAGGAAUCUCUGGGCCUUUCCACCAGGAGAUUGUGCCCUUUAUUUUAAUGUCCGUGACUGAGAUUCUCAGUCAUCCGAAGUCAUGGGUUGUCCCCUUUCAAAAGACAAAUGGACUUUCUUGGGGGGUUUUUUUGUUCCCCCUUGAAGACGUUUUGCUUUUUCCUCCAUGAAGCUUCUUCAGUUCUGACUGAAUUUACUCAAUACAGGCAGAUAAGAUGGAGGGUUUAACCAGCGUUAACAUUUUUGUAUCUUGCCUAACCUCUCUCAAAACUGCUCAGCAACUUCAGCAAGCUUUGUGGCUGAUCUUUGAUCUAAAGAACUCUUCCAUACAAAGACUCGUGUAGGACUUUGAUCUAAAUAAUAACUUAACAGCCGUCCCCUUUCAUGUUCAACCCUCCAGGCGGGAUGCACUUUCGGUGGUUUUGGGUUGACACAAGCUAAGAGCAAUCGGCUGAAGAGUGAAGAGAAUACUUGGGGCUGUUCCUGAGUGAGCUAUCCUUCCCUUCCUGCUUGAAAAGUUCAAUCAAAACUUGAGUACAGGUAGUCCUUGACUUACGACUGCAAAAUUACGAGCCCAAAAUUUCUUAUUGCUAAUGAGAGAAAGUUGUUAAGUGAAAGUUUUGCCCCAUGUCACGACACCUUUCUUGCCACUGCAGUUAGUAACACGGUGGUUCGGCAAAUCUGGCUUCCCCGUUGACUUCGCUUGUCGGAAGGUCGCAAAGGGGUCACAUGCAGUGGUGGGAUUCUACUGGUUCAGACCGGUUCUGGCGAACCGGUAACUCCGAUGAUCAGCUAAGAACAAACCGGUUCGUCCCAACAAUCGGAUCCACCCACCCACGCUAUUUUCCUACCUUUAUCUCCAGUAGUGAUGGCGGCGGGUGGUUCGAAGAACCAUUAGCAAAAAUCCUUGCCCCCCCCUCCAUGCCGAGCUGAGCUGCACGAUCAUAAGAGGCUUUUUUUUUUACUUUUAAAAGCAUUUUCAGCUGGGAUCCAGCUUUUUUCUGGAUUUUCUUUUUUCUCAGCUGGGAUCAGAGCCUUUUAAAAGCAUUUUUUUCUGCAAUCUCUUCAGCCGAAAAAUGUUUUAAAAGGCUCUGAGGAUUCCAGGUGAGUUGCCUGAUCGUCAGAGCCUUUUAAAAGCAUUUUUAACAACCUCUUUGGCUGAAAAAAAAUGCUUUUAAAAGUAAAAAAAAAAAAAGCCUCUGAUGAUCGCGCGGCUCAGCUUGGAUCGUCAGAGCCUUUUAAGAGCAUUUUUUUCUACAACCUGGAGGUUGUAGGAAAAAAUGCUUUUAAAAGAAAAAAAAAAAAGUUGGCCACUCCCACCCAGUCACAUUACCCCUCCCCACCAAGCCACGCCCACAGAACCGGUAGUAAGAAAUUUUCCAUUUCACCACCGCUUUAUCUCCUUAGCUGAUUCGCGCGGCAGAUCCGAUUGCCAUGCGAAUCAGCUGUGUUACUCCUCUGAAGAAAUCCGGAAGUGAAGAUUUCUUCACAGCAUCAGGCACGCGAUCACCGAACCGGCUGUCAACCCGGGAGGAUCCCACCACUGGUCACAUGACCUCGCAAUGCAGCCACCAUCAUAUAUACAGGAGUCAGUUGCCAAGCGUCUGGAUUUUGAUCAUGUGAUCAUGAGGACGUGGCAAUGAAAAACUGUCAUAAGUCACUUUUUUUCAGUGCCAUUGUAACUUCGGAGGGUCACUCAAUGAACUGUUGUAAGUUGAAGACUACCUGUAUUCACGAUAAGGAAUGAAAAUAUUGUUCCCGAUGAUGCUCGCCUCAUAUUAAAAAGAGCACCAGCAAUUCCUUCUUCUCAAUUUUUCAUUAAGGUCCAUGUUGUUCCCAAAAUCUUCUCCAAAAUCUUGUUCCCGUCUCCAGAAGCAGAAGAAAAGGACCAAAAACAUUGUUGGUGGCAUCUCCUUGUCAUAGAUAAUUGUGGUCUCCAUACCAGAUGUUUCUUAUUUUCGGUCUUUGUCUCCCAGCUCUUCCCAAUCCAGUGAUUUCUUUCACCUCUAGAGACAGCAGCCAAGAUCCAGGAAACAUCUAGAGAUGGAUAUUUCUCCAAGCCCCUUUUGCUCAAAUUACAUCCUGAUGGAUGCAAAGUUGUGAUAAAAAGGAAGGGAUGGAGAUGGUUUGUGUGUCAGGAUACUGAGACAUUUAUGCCUCCUGCAGCCUCAGUGUCCUUUCGCAGUGCUGUUGCGUGGAUAGACACAAACUCAUGUCAAAACUUGCACAUUGGAGCCAGUCCAAUAUAAGCCAGUUUCUCUUCCUAGUGUGAACAAUAGAAAUUGUCCUUUGUGGGUAAGUAACAACCUAGCAGCAUCUGGCAGAUUUGGGCUCAGCAUCCUGCCUCAGUAGACUCUCUUCCUUCAAGCACCUCUUGCUUUUCAUCACAAUUUUAUGCUCAGCUGACGCAAAGUAAUAAAAAGGUAAGCUGGCUUUGGACUCUGUAUGAAUGGUGCUGUAAUAAUAUAACCCUAUUCUCAGCUGGUGCACCAAUCACCCAGAAUCCUGCCUAGCUUACUCAGUGGAGGAAAACCCAGGAGUGAAAUCCAGAAGGUUCUGACAGGUUCUGGAGAACUGGGUAGCGGAAAUUUUGAGUAGUUCAGAGAACCGGUAGCGGAAAUUUUGAGUAGUUCAGAGAACCGGUAGCGGAAAUUUUGAGUAGUUCAGAGAACCAGUAGCGGAAAUUUUGAGUAGUUCAGAGAACUGGCAAAUACCACCUCUGGCUGGCCCCAGAGUGGGGUGGGAAUGGAGAUUUUGCAAUAUCCUUCCCCUGCCACGCCCACCAAGCCACACCACGCCCACCAAGCCAUGCCCACAGAACCGGUAGUAAAAAAAUUUGAAUUUUACCACUGGGAAAGCCUGAGUGGGUCUAUCAGUCCUGGGAGGGCUGCUCAUUUGUGAGGGAGCGACUGAAGUGGCAAGAAGUUUUAUCUUGCCCACAAUCACAAACGUGUUUCUAAGCAGCCGUUGUUUUUUUUCUGGUUCGAAAGCUACCGAUUAAGCCUCUGAAAUAAAAAUGGGGGGUCCCCGGCCUGGCCAUUUUGCAGGAUGUUUGUUCUCCUGAAACUGCCUAGCUUCACUAGAGUUGUUCGAAAGGACGUUUUAGUUGUUAAUUCUGGAAAAAAGAGGUCCGUAUCUACAAUUGUCCCUAUGGCUUGUCCUGCCAAUAAAAUCCUCACCGAGCUAAAACUGCCA